GCUCACGUCGCCCUGCUUGGGCGGCUCGGGCAGCAAAUUCUAGCCGCCGCCGCCACCUUGGCCGCGGCGCUUCCCGCACGCCCUGCAAGGACGGCGGUGGCAGGGAGAUGCUCCCCCUUGCUCCGCCACUCCCCACCCCUCUCCCUCUGCGCCGACCUAGGCAGGUGGCCUGGCGCCGGCGCCCGCGCGCUCGCAUGGCCGUGGCUAGCCCGCGGUGGCGGCGUCCGUGCGCGUGGCUAGCCCGUAGCGGCGGCGGCGGCGGUUGCGCCUUGUCCGUGCUCGUGGCGCGGUGGUUGGGUCGGGUGUGGCCCGUAUGGAACUUGGCCUGGCGGCGGACCUGCAGCUGCCAGCGGCGAGGUAGAUGUGGAAGAGCAGCAGGUGGUGGGUCGUGGGACGGCGGCCUCGGCGGUUCCCGGCGUCGUGGCUUCGGUUCACGCGGUCGACUGGAUUUCGGAUUUUGAGCCUCCCUUCGGCCGGUGGUGUGGGCAGGCUGGCUCCGUGGGUUGGGAUGUGUGGUGAAGGUCCCCCGGUGAAAGCGAUGCUCGUUUACGGGCGGUCGACGGUGACGUCUGUGGACGCCACUCCUGCACUGUUGAGGGUGCCGUCCUUGACCUCUCGUCUUCGAGUUAUUUGAGAUUGUAAUAAUCUCGUCGCGCUGCUUCGCCACUUUGUUACUCCGCAGCCGCGUAUCGCCAGUAUGGUAUUCUCGAGCUCACAUCCUUGCCAGAUAGGGACAGUUAUUCCCCCGCCCUCUGUUACCUUACAUUAGCUAAGGUAAAAGUCAAAAUUGUCCCUGCUGUUUACACGAGGCCGGUGAAAACCUAACUCCCUUGACUCCUCUCUUCUUCCACUGGGCUCUCCUUUUGCGCCGCCAGUACUCUGUGCUCGCACUCCUCCUCCUCCGAUGGCUACUCCGGCAAGAGGCAAGAAACGGCUCGUCGUCGACGUCGAUCUCGAGCUCGACAGUGAGGUCGAAGUGGCUUCCGCCUUCAGCCGCUUGUCUGUUUCUGUCGUUGCCAAGCGUUCUUCGAGCACUCCACCAGCAAGCAGCGCACCACCGGCAAGCAGCGCACCACCACAAGGUUGCGGCUUCGAGCACUGCACCGGCAAGCAGCGCACCACCAGCAAGGAGUGGACCAGCGGCAAGGAACUCACCUGCGCGGCCACAUCAGAGCUCACAGACGGCGUCAAUCAGUGCUCGGCACCUCGUUCAGUGUCGAUUACCCGAUUUGAAACAGUUCGUAGUGACCUCGCCCAAGCCAUUACAAAGAUGCGUGUAGUUGGGAAGGAGUUGAAAGAUUUGGCUGGAGACGAGAUUAUGGAUUCGCCAGAUACGGCCAAAGAGGUGUCAGUGAACUUCGCAAUGUGGCGCGUGUAUGAGCUUGCUCAGUCACUUGAGGACGAAGCACAGCGUUUAGAAGAUCUCGAAGCUGGUCCGUCGCCACCAUUAUCUCAGUGGUUCAACAACCAAUUUGCUGAAGAUGAACAUAUGGGUGGUGGGGAAUGGGCACUGGAUGAUGUCAAUUCUGAAGAGCUUUCGGAUCGUCAGAUGAAGUAGAGUAAUAGUGGUGUUGUUUAACGGCAGUAGAUGUGUUAUUUGUGUAAGGGACAGCUUGUGUCAGGUAUCCGUGUAAUAGUUAGCUUGUGUAAGGUAACCGAACUUGGUAGUGUAGUACUGUGAACCUGGGUUGUCCAUUUUGUCGAGUGUUGAAUGGCACUCGAUAGCUUUUGUAACGUUGUCCAUUCUGUUUUCAUUAAGGUUAUCUGAACCUGGGUACCUGAGUAAGGUUAUCUGAACUACCAAGUUCGGACAUGUGUUUCUGUGUAGUUUCUGAUGUUUGAACCUGAGUAAGGCCAUCUGUUUUCAUUAAGGUUA